GAGCGUCGAGUGAAUAUGGCUGCGCUCGGGGCUAGUCGCUGGGCCCGAGCCCUUGUAAAGGGGCAAGGGCAGAGCAUUUCAAAGAUGAUUCUCGGAUCGAGAGCAGCCUCUGGCAUAUCCAAAGACAUGUUGCCUGGGCCCUAUCCCAGAACCCCAGAGGAGAGGGCAGCAGCUGCUAAGAAAUACAACAUGAUCCCUGAGGAUUAUGAGCCAUACCCUGAUGAUGGCAUGGGGUAUGGAGAUUACCCGAAGUUGCCCGAUAGGUCGCAGCAUGAGAGAGACCCCUGGUACACGUGGGACCAUCCUGACCUGAGGAGGAAUUGGGGAGAGCCGAUGCAUUGGGACUUUGACAUGUACAUCAGAAACAGAGUGGACACCUCCCCCAGCCCUGUGGACUGGUCCACCAUGGUUAAACAUCUACUGGGUUUUGUUGGCUUCAUGUUGUUUAUGUUUGGUGUGGGAGAGAUCUUUCCCUCUUACCAGCCAGUGGCACCAAAACAGUACCCUUACAACAACUUGUACCUUGAAAAUGGAGGAGACCCAGAGAAAGAGCCAGAACCAGUGAAACAUUAUGAAAUCUAAUAUUACAAAUGUCUUUAUCCUGUAAUCUGUGUAUAUUUCUGUCUCUAAUAAAAUCGAACUGAAGUGUUGUCCUAAGUUA